AACAUCAUUUAUGUAACUUGUAGACAUCAUGUAUGAAGCUUUUGGUCUAAGUGUCUUCCUGAGCUUGUUUCUGUCUGUGAAUGGUGUUGGGCUCCUAAUACUUUACCGACCGUAUGACGUAUCUAACAAUUGCGCCUAUUCUAGCGCUCUUAGGUAUGACUUGUCUUUUGGUAUGGGAUUAUCUGACACGAUUACCUUGGUGUUUCAUACAUUACACUCGAUCGACUACGACUGCCAGGUGGAAAUUGUGGCGGAGUCUUCUGACGUAUACUUAAUCAUAUCCAUUCUUUAUCCACAUAAUAUGGACUACAGCUGCUACAGAAACCCAACUGCACUAACAGUGUAUAAGAACGAUAAAUGUCACAAAAUAUGUGAAACCAUUGAUGCCAAAAACAAAAAGUCGCCUUAUUUUGUUACCAGUGUUCGGGAAAGAUUUAAAUUUCACUUCUGGAGUAACAGCAGUAUAAACAUAGAUAUGAACGCUCACAUGUACCAGGUGACAGCAACGGCAGCGCGUUUACUCUCACGCCGCGAGAAAAGUUGCUAUAGGAAAAACGAAUCAUUAUGUGUAAACAAUGAAAACAGAUACUGUUUUACUAGCGGCGUAGUAUGUGACGGAAUCAAAAACUGCGGAGUUGCUGACUGGUUCGAUGAGCGCAAGGCCGAGUGCGGUCUGCCGGUGGAAAAGCUCGGCUUUGCCCCGGUAUUCGCCGUGUCCGCAGCCCUCCUCUGCGCAGCCCUGGCAGCCUGGCACGUCCUCACCAAAUUCCUGCCACCCCGGGCCAACUCAUUCUUUGUAUUUAACGCUAAUGAAGACAACAGGCUCCGCGUAGAUCCAGUGUUCACAUCCCCGGCUGCGUGCUCUCGCGACAUUCACAGAGUCCAGCGGACAUCGCUAGUUCCGGUGUCUUCUGAAUCAUCUUCGUGUGACUACUCCGAUGUGCUAACUAGACACAAGUUGCAACGAAUCAACCAGGCGAACUUCGCGGACGGAGAAGAAGAAAACGCAUUACAACGGACUAAUACCAUGUAUUCCAUGACCGCUAAGUUACAACAGAAACUCCGGGCAGUAACCCGGAGCAAGUCCACGAACAACCCGAGGCCGACAGCUAGCACCAGCGCCAAAACGAACCAAGUCUACGAUGUUUAG